UAUCAAUUGUUUGGCGUAGCAAUCGCGAUGUAAAGCAGGGCUGGGCUGCAUCGCCCUCCGACAGAUGUUCCCUGCUCACACUUUGAACGACAAAACACGCUCGACAUGUCAACCUCCUGGUGAUAAUAACGAGCAGCAGCAGCACCGAAGCAGUUCGAGUGCUUCAAGAAAAGGCGUUGGUUGAAAGCGAUCGUACGGAGGAAAAACGGAGCAACGUUCUGCUCUGGUGAAAGUGCCGUAGCGGGAUGGCCCCGCGGGGAGAUUUGUCAAGCGGAGGGACAGCUCCUGAACACUCAUCACAUACGAACCCUUCCGAAGACGGGGCAGGUAUGGGAGACCCUCCAGAUGCGAUCCUUUCUGCGAGCACUGAGGCGAGGCCAAGCUGGAAAGUGCCCUGCACGGCUGCCAAGGACAGGACGUGCCAGAUAGUGGACCACCUUCCCAAAUUGAACAAGUUGCUCUGCUCGAUUGAGUUCCGACUGCGCGAGUUAUCGGAAGGACAUGGCCAGCUGGCUGUGGUGCUUUCCCACACUCUUGGAUUUACCUGUUUCGCCGAAGAAGGGAGGCGCCAAGCAUUCGGAUUGUUGGCUUGGCUGCUGAUGUCUCAUCCAUGCGUGACGUCCCUGUACGCGAACGAGGAUUUUCUUCGAGAAUUCCGGAGAGGCUUUCUUCGGGGAGUGCUUAACGACGGCAACUCCGCCUUGAAGUCGCUAAAACUAGACAAUCGGUCCGGUCAUCAUUCGGAAACCGUUGGAAAGAUUAUUGCCUCUACUGCACAGCUAGAAAGACUCGAAGUCCGGUCACAAGGCCUGGACAGAGAAAUUGCGACGGCCAUCGUGGAAGCCCUACGCACGAAUAUGCUGACAGUGCUGAACCUUACGGUUGGCAGCUAUACGAACGACGAUGCAGUCGAUGCCCUGCUGGAGGCUCUGAAGGCAAACUCUACCCUGCGAGAGCUGUCAGUGAACGAUAAUCUAUUUAGCGUCAGGUGUGGGAAGAAUGAAGGCAGCGUUCACGGAGUAUCUAGAAGCAAACUCAACGUUAGAAAGACUACGUAUUUAUUCGACGCAAGACGAUUUCCUGAAGUCUGUCCUGACGGGCAUGCGCACCAACAAGAGUGUAUCUAACCUUAAUUUAUUCUUUCGCUCCUUCAAUUCCGAAACAUUUAGGCUCCUGGAGGGCGUUUUCUCGGAAAAUGUGGUCUUGAGGAGCUUAACGAUCUCAAUCGUCAGUGAGCAUAUAGCGUCUGCUUGGGAGGAGGGUCUUGAAGGUUGGCUCAAGGGCCUCGCUCAGAACAGGGGGCUACAAUACAUGAGGUUCCCGUUCGUCAUUAAACCUCAAGGCGGCUGGUCCUCACUUUUCGAAGCCGUGUCUACACACAGAAGCCUGAAGGAGGUUGUCGUGGAGCUGUUAGACCCGCAUUACUAUGAAGUGCCAGGUUUCAAUGACUAUGGACGGCAAGACAGGCUCUAUUACGCUCUGCUUGACGCGUGCAAGAUCCUUGAGAACAGCGGUGCUAAAGACAAGGUAAAAUUCGUGUUUAAGGCGUCAUGCCCGUAUACUCUGGACAACGACGCUUCUGUGCCUCGCCCUUUUUCGCUUCCCGUUGAAGCAAUGACAAGGCCGUCGAUGGAUCUAUUGGAACAGUCGCUCUCUAUCGCAAGUUGCCGAAUGACCGAACUGCGAGUCGAGCUGCCGUUCUUGAGACGGAAUUCAUCGGCUGUUGUCCAGUACAUUAAGGAAACGACCACGUUGCGAAAACUGUUUCUCAGUGAUCGCAUUGAACUGAACGAGGCGGGUAUGGACAGUAUCUGGUCAGCCAUUUUGGAGUCGCUAUCAGAGAACGCUAGCAUAAGGGAGGUCACCGUCUACGCAAGGUCUGACUGCGCUGAAAGCCUGGAACGUCUCGGCGAGAUAGUGAAAUCUAGCCGGACAAUCAGAGCGCUGAACAUAUAUGCGCUUCAGAGUUUACAAAUGGUGCCUCGCUACGCCGGCCGCUCGCCUAUUGAAAUUUCUAGCAACUACAGUCUCUGCAGCUUCAGACUCUUGCCUGACCGCGACAUGAUGGGGAUGUGGGCAUUCGACUGGUCCGCUUGGUACAACACGGCGUGGCGGAACUCUGGCAUCGUGGCACGGGCAGCUCGUUUUGUGAAAUGCACCAUGUGCGACAGGCGCUGUGCCGGUGCCUUGGAAACCGUCUCCCGUCAUCCGGCACUGAUGGAAGAACUUGCCGAAGUGCUCUCCUUGAGCGAUGCCGAGCUGGCAUCCCUGGUUCGAACUCGACUCAGGGAGAUCCAGAAUGUCCACGACUUCAUGCGACUGGCUGGUGUCGUGAAAGACACGGUCACUUGUCAACCACGCGAGGACGGGCGCAAGCAGUUGCACGACCUCAACGAAUACUGCUGGGGGCACGUGAGGCGAUACCUGCUGUUCGACGACGUCCGCGACUCCUUCGAGACCGCCCACUAUGUUGCUCUACAGUGAAUUCCGUGGAGUUUCCUAUUGAGAACACUCGAGGGAAAUCUGGUGCGAGCACUCGUGUGGCCCCGCGAAUGCAGAUUUGGAAGUGUGGAAGUCACUGGCAGAAGGCGGAGUCGCACGUGUUUAUAUGCAGUCGCCUGGGAUGUCUUGAAGGCGAAAGCCAUCUUCACUUUUUUUUUCUUCUCAGUCGAUUGUGUUCACCUCCCCCCCCUCCCCCAAAGCUUUCUUCACCUAACGUGAAUUUGCGAUCUUUGACGUCGUCAUGGCCAUGGCCGUUGGCAGGCGGGGUGCAAAAGGGGCACUUGCCCUUCCCUAACCACACCAGCCCUUGCCCACCAUUUAAGCCGCACCAACGCCCCCCCCUUCCUCACUGCGAUGUGUAUCCCAACCAAGACAAGGUCUUGCUGACGCCCAUGAUCAUAUAUGACUUCACAGGAUGAUAUUUUACACCACUUCCUGUUCACACCGGCGGCGGUCACUUUUCGCCUUAGAUCAGGCUGUUGUGUCUGGGUAUUUGGAUCCAUCCCACCGCUGCAACCCGUUGUUGCGACCGGUUAUUUGGAUCCGUCCCUCCUCGGCAAUCGGGUUGUUGCUACGAUAGGGCAGCGUCGUACCCGGACUCCGUUUGGUAGUGUAGUCGAGUCUCCGGGUUGAGGAACUGAUGCUAACAAGAUGGGAAAACAAUAACAAGUUUACUGGCACUUUUCGUACACUCAAUUACAUCGUGACAAGGUCAGAGUACAGCGACAAGCGAAUUGGAUGAGCCUGUUACCGAGGGCUCAGAGCCCCAUUUCUCACUUAGCACCGUCGUUUUAACCCCUCAGGCUGGCUCCUCCUUCUUGAUGACCACCAAGGUCAUUAAAAGGUCAUUAAACACACGCUGACCAUUGCCGCUUGCAGGAGUCAUUUGUUGGUUUUUGCAAUUGGUGCAGGACCUGGCAAAUGAGCAUUAACUUAAAAAAAACCGUAUUUAUGUCCUUUUGCAAUAAAUCUCCGUCUGCGUUUGAUUACUCUUUCGAUAACCGUGCAGUAAAUAGGGUUUUCGAGUAUAAGUAUCUAGGAGUCAUUUUUACUCAUAAUAUGACAUGGUCCAAGCACAUUGACUAUGUAUGUAACAAAGCAUUAAAAAAACUAGGCUAUCUACGUCGCACUCUAUCUAAAUCUCCGAAGGAAACUAAGCUU